GUUGAAGUUGUCACACCCAUAAACUCUGCAGACUGCCAUAUAAAGAGGAAACAGAGAUCCGCUACCAAAAGAGAGCACACACUCUGAACAGGUUUCUUUUACCAAAGGAAGACAACAAGCAGAAUGCCUAACUGGGGUGGAGGAAAAAAAUGUACAGUGUGCCAGAAGUCUGUUUACUUUGCAGAAGAGGUGCAAUGCGAGGGAGGAAGCUUCCAUAAGUCCUGUUUCUUGUGCAUGGUAUGUAAGAAGAAUUUAGAUAGCACUACAGUAGCAAUUCAUGGAGAAGAGAUAUACUGCAAAUCCUGUUAUGGGAAGAAGUAUGGGCCCAAAGGCUAUGGGUUCGGCCAGGGAGCAGGUACUCUAAGCAUGGAUCGUGGAGAGCACUUGGGCAUCCAAACUGAUGACCCCUCAAGAUCCCAACCAACGAAUAACCCCAAUGCCUCCAAGUUUGCGCAGAAAGUGGGAGGUACAGACAUUUGCCCUCGCUGUUCAAAAUCUGUGUAUGCUGCUGAAAAAGUAAUUGGUGCAGGCAAUUCUUGGCACAGGACCUGCUUUCGCUGUUCUAAAUGUGGAAAAGGAUUGGAAUCCACAACAGUGGCUGAUAGAGAUGGAGACAUAUUUUGCAAAGCGUGCUAUGCAAAGAAUUUUGGGCCUAAAGGUUUCGGGUUUGGUCAGGGUGCUGGAGCGUUGGCCCACACAAAGUGAUGACGCUGGAAUUCUAAAAAGAUGAUUCUCUUUUCUGGCUUUUAUCAUUUUACUAACAAAGUUUGAUAUUUACAGCUGCUUUCUUACUAUAUCACAGUAAAUAUCUACUGCAGUUUUAAAAUAUAAGCACAUGUAUUGACUUUUGGUAGCCUGUGGCCUGCUGGUAUUAAAGUAUAUAAAGAAGCUACUUCAAUCUCUAAGAAGGGAUUCUUGCUUUUCGCCACACAAAUUCACAUUUAGGCAAACUGUUUUCCAAAGCAAAACAGUGCACAAUCACACUGAAACUACUGUGGAUGUAAGAAUAUGAAGGACAGAUUUUAUAACGCAAUUGACUAACCAAAAAUAAAAAGUGAUGGGACAAUGUUUUCACUA